UAUGAAUUAAUCACAUGGGUUUUUUCUUUAAUGAAGAACAUCGAAUAAGUCAACAUGGGUAUCCUAUCUCAGAAAAGAAGACAAAAUCAGGGAUUCACGGGUUUAAAGGCUCUAGCAGCAGGUUCCCUGGCUCUUGCAAGAGCACAUGCUGUCUUGGAUAAAACAGAAAAGAGCUUGGAGGAAGAAAUCGCAAAGGAAAAUAGAAAGCCACCUUCGAAUUGUCUCGGCAGGUCUCGGUUUUGGGGUCACAAGAUGAUGCACACAAAACAAGUGUUACUGUGUAUUGUAGUGUUGAAUAUCAUCGACUGUGUCUUGGUACUCGGAGAACUUAUUUUGGACAUAUAUUACCUAAAAGGGGUACUGGAUCAAGAGGAACUAGCCAAUAUGUAUUUUGUCAACACAAUGAAAAACGCUUAUCCACAGGACUUGCACGAUUUGUAUGAAACGGAUAUAAAUUUAUUGCACUCUAGGAUAAUGUUAUCACAUGUGCAUUUUUCACCGGAAACAUCGGUUGCUUAUGGUGCCCCAGAAUUUGUAUCAACUGUACAAUUAAAGGAAAAUGAAACAAGAAGCCAAUCCCUACAAAAAUUGAAUAAAAGGUCUUAUAGGACUAAACUGGAGCAACCUGACAUUUUAAACAAAAGUUUAUCGGCGGUUUCAACACAAAAUACCAGCUCAUAUUUUUGGAACGUUGGUAAUAAAAGUAACACGGUUGUUCACGAUGCCGAUAGAUCUAAUUCCAUCGAAGUAGUCCUCGCCCACAAAUUCCACUACUGCAGCGUUUCAAUAUUAGCCAUAUUAGUAGUCGAGAAUGUACUGAAAUUGCUUUGUAGCGGAGAGGAAUAUUUUGAAAAGAAAUUAGAGGUCUUUGACGGUCUCAUAGUCGUGGCCUCCUUUAUAGUAGAUCUAGUUUUCAUCAAAGGAUUAAGCGCCUACAAGAUACAGAAGUUUGUGGUGAUUUUAGCUUUCCUGGUUCCAUGGAGAGUAAUUCGAGUCGUUAAUAGUCUGGUGGUUGCAGUUAUUGAUCAUGAACACUUCAGGAUGAAACUUUUAUACAAACAGAAAAAACAAGUGGCACACGAUCUUAAAUCCUGCAAAAAUGAGAACAAAUCACUACAGGCUACCAUUGACGCACUGAAAAGUCGAGCCUCCCUUGCAGGGGUACCUGAAACAGAACUUGAUGAUAUAAUAGCUUCCCGUCAAACACCAAGAAAAAAGAAAGCAGUUAAAAAAUCUUCAUCAACCUCAUUUCCAUCUGCCUUCCACUUAACUUCAUUGGGAUUUCAUCGACAGACAAGUCACAACUCUAAUGCGGAGAUCGUUUAUGUUGAUGUAGAUAACAACACGUGUUAUCGAGAAAAUCAAGACUCAAUUUAAGAUAACUGACUUUGGCAGUAAGAGUUAUCUCCCUUUUAAGGCAGCGAAAACCAUUACUAUAAAAAAACAACAUCGAGGCUUCCCAGUGAUUUUUUUUAAAACGUCAUAUAUCUUGCCUUCGGUACAAAAAGUAUAUUUUAAAAAACGUUAUAUUGAUUUGUAUGUCUUCCUUAUUCGAUGCAAUGUUUAAAAAAUGUUUUGCCAAGCAAAGCUUCACUUUAUCUGAAAAGAAUUUGUCAACGUAGGCCUAAUUCAAUAUAUGCAAAUCUUAAAUGUAAAUAAUGUAAUACUACAUUACAUAAAAUUUACAUAAAAUGUAAAACAUAUAAGUACAUGUAGACGAUGGAAUGGUUAUUAAAUAUUAUGCCCAAGUAACUUUACUUUUAUAAAAAAAAAUAUUUAUGUCAAGGAAUGUGGUUGUAAUUUAAGCUUAUAUUUGACGUUCAAUAUACGGUAAUUAUUACUAUUCAGCAGUUAUUCUGUUAUGAACAACAUUUUGGCUUUGGAUAUGCGUUAAGUGUGCUCACUUCCAAUGAUAACCGUAUUUUGAAGUAUUCCAGCUAUAAUUGAAAGACAACCUAUCAGUGAUGUUAGAUAUAUAUCAAGCAAAGCUAAAAAACGAUACUUCGAUUUUUGAAAAGAACUUUAGUUCAAGCACCUUAUUUUUGGCGGAGAAACAUUAUAAUUUUAUUUCUUCAAAAUAUUUUUCAAUUAAAGAUUAUAUAAAAUAUAAUAUAAUAUAAUAUAUUAUAUUAUUUUAUAUCAUAUUAUAUUUAAUUAUGAAAAAAAAUUUUAUGUAAU